AUAAGUUAGCUCAUGUAAUCGGACCAGCUGUUUUGGAGUCGACUUCACCUGCUCUAUCUGUCGACUAGUUUACGUUGUUGUAUAACCGGUGCACAGAUGUUGUCUCUUGUCGUCGCUGCCGCCGUCGUUGCCUUUGCAAACGCUCAGAUUGAUCCAACAUGUGUGGAUAAGCUUCCCAAUUGUGACGUAUUCCCGGAGGACUCGUGCAAGGGGAACUAUGUGGCGUGGGCCAAGGAAAACUGCAACAACACCUGCAAACUGUGCAUAGGACCAACGAAACCACCACCACCCUGUGCUGAUGUCCUCAGCGAUUGUGACAAAUAUGACAAGUCCACGUGCACGGACCCCACAUUCGACCAGUGGGCUCAAAACAAGUGUCGGUACUACUGCAGACUCUGUUCAGCUGCGGAACUCGCAAUGAAAGACUCUCAGACAACACCAAUACCUGCUACUCAGUGUAAGGACAAACUUAAUUGCAAAAUGUAUGGAAAAGACUCUUGCCAAGGACAGUAUGCGGGCUGGGCCAAGGCGAACUGCAUGGAGUAUUGUGGAUUUUGUGCAGGUGUCCCUACCCCACCCCCUGCUUGCAUAGACAAAGUACCCAACUGCGCUGCAUAUGGAAAGGAUGUCUGCACGGACCCCGACUAUGUCCUAUGGGUGGAUGAUCAUUGCGCCAAAUCCUGCAACACUUGUGGGGGUGGCUCAAAAAUACGCCCGGUCCCGUCACGUCCGGUCCAGGCCCCAUCACUUCCGGUCCAGGCCCCAUCACUUCCGGCCCAGGGCCCGUCACUUCCGGUCCAGGAUUGUUGACACCUCCGGGCCCUCAUAUGCUUACACCACCUAUGCCCGGAAAAUAAAAUCAAUACAGACUAA